CUUCUUGAACUCAUCUUCUUCAGGGUUAAGUUUUACAUCUAUAUAGAGAACAGCUGUUGAACGAAGAAGGAGGUGGAGAUUUCAGCCAUGGGAGUUGGAGGAGGAGUUGCAGAGAAGCAAUAUGUGAAGGCUAAGACUUCAGUGUGGUGGGAUAUAGAGAAUUGUCAGGUCCCAAAAAGGUGUGAGCCUCAUGCAAUUGCUCAGAAUAUCAGCUCUGCCGUUGCUAAGUUGAAUUACUGUGGACCUUUGUCCAUUUCUGCCUAUGGUGACACCAAUCGGAUCCCUCAAUCUGUGCAACAUGCCCUUUCCAGCACCGGCAUCUCCCUCAACCAAGUCCCUCCUGGGGUUAAGGAUGCAAGUGACAAGAAAAUUCUAGUGGACAUCUUGUUCUGGGCAGUGGACAAUCCUGCACCUGCAAAUAUAAUGUUAAUUUCUGGAGAUAGAGAUUUCUCCAAUGCUCUCCAUCAAUUGAGGAUGAGAAGAUACAACAUUCUGCUUGCUCAACCGCAGAAAGCCUCAGCUCCUCUCCUUGCCGCUGCCAAGAGCAUAUGGCUCUGGACAAGUCUUGUGGCUGGAGGCCCUCCAUUAACAACUAAACUUGGUAACAAAAUUUCUGUCCCUAAUGAUAUGCCUUUUGUUCAUGCACAAGUUCCCCAGUUAGGAAAUCCUAAUGAGAAAUUUAGUAAUAAUGCACUAGUUGAUAUUCUGGAAGAUCAGAAACCACUAAAUUAUCACCACCCUGAUACAAAUUAUAAUUCCAAGAGUUCCCUGAUGGGGCCUUGCCCGGAUGGAUUUGCUCCUUUCAGUGUUGUUCAGAAUGGUUGUAGAAAUCAAUAUCCACCACAGCCUUUAGGGCUAAACAAUCUCCCUAAUCAACCUCCUAGUGCUGUCCAAAAGGGUAGUGGAGUCACCAAAUUUGAUCCUACUAGCAUGAAUCCAAAGCCUGCAUUAUUGAGUCAGUCACAAAAUGGACAUAUACAGCAUAGGAAGCUAUUGUUUUCUUCACCCGUGAACUCGAUUAACAUUCCUAGUAGUGUCAUAUAGGGGACGUCGGGGUGUCCAAAACCUUCUUAUUGUGUCCAAAGUCUCACAGGUUUUGUGUUACUAAUAUUGAACUUCUUGAAAAUUGAAAAGAUAAUGCCGACUGAAGGUAAUAUAAUUGAUUGCAUUCGAUAUGGGGAUCCAAAGCAUCGGAGUAUUGACAUUAAAAAAGCCUUGGAAAUUGCUGUUGAUCAGCAGAUGGUAGUGAAGCAAAAAUUUGGAGCUAUGAACUUGUAUGUUGGUAAGAAUGAGAAACUCUGGAAAUGUGUGAACCCUAUUGCUGGUAAUCCUAUGCAAAUACCGGAAAUGACAUGGGAAAAAAUUAAAAAGUUUCUGGUGUCUCCUGGAGGACAAUCUGCAAUAAUGGCUUCUCAAUGCAGGUAUGAAGCCGUUACUAUUUUGAAGAAUAUGUGCUUGACAGAGCUUACAUUAGGUGACAUACUUCAGAUCUUGAACAUGGUAAUUACCAUAAAGAAAUGGAUUAUUCAUAAUCAAGCAGGAUGGCAGCCGAUUAUCAUCGCUGUUGCAAAGUGCAGCCCUGAAUUAGGCACUAAAUCUGGUUUAUAAAGUUUUGACUAGCUAUCCAUGGUAAGGGAAAGGGGCCACUUGAUAGUUUGAAGGGUAUUAAGUGUAUAUAGAUAGAUGAUUUGUUGCAAUAAGGUUACUAAAAAGUCUCCUCAUGCCAAGACUCAUUCUGUAGAUUUACUAGUGAUGAAAGUUCUUACACAUGAUGGAUACCAUCUAGAUUUUCAAUUAGAGAUGAAGUUUCAAUUGAAAAUUUGCUUGAUGUGUCAAAGAGUAUACAAUGCUAGGCUCUGAGGUACAAGAAAUUGAUCAUCUGUUGCAUCUUCUGGAUUCUAUCGACAAUUGCAAGGAUGAUCUUGAUGUUUCCAAAUUUGGAUGGAAUAUUUCUGCAGAAAAAUUUCCUACCUCUCAUAUAGUUCGUGGUGCCAUGAGAACUCUAAAUGCAAGGCGUGAUUUAAAAGUGGCAUUGAAGAGGCAAGAGUUUGGUUAGUUUGCACAGAAACAGAUGACACAAAUUACAGAAAUUUAUGAAAAACACAUCCAAAUGCAAUUAGAUAAACAUAGAAAAUGUUCUGGUGGAAGCUACUCAUUCUCCUCUGAUCACAUCAUUUUAAGAAGAUAUUAAGAUGAGCCACGCGAAGGUUGCACAAUGCCGUAAAGUUCUUCCUAACAGAAUUCCCGAGCAUGUGUUGAAUUAACAAGUCUUUGUUCUUCUUAUUGUCGGGUAUUCUCAGAAUAAAUGGAUUUGUAAAUUCAUCCCUCUGCAGCAUAAGUUUAGCUGUUUGCCACUGUAUUUGCUAUUCUUCUUUGAAAGCUGUAUGGUUCUCAGAGCUUUUGAAACCAUUAGUCCUUUGGUUAUAAUCCUUAUAUUUAAGUCUCCUGUAUGCAAACUUUGGUAGAAAAAUCAGGUGUUUCUUAUUUUUGCCCCCAUUUGGAUAGUGCCUUCGCUUUUGCAGUGAAACUUUUCUUUCUGUUUUAAGGUUUUCAAGCUUGGAAAAUAACGAGUCUCAUAGUGUCAAUACCAAUAUUUUAUGGUACUUGUUUGAAAA